UCCGCACAUCUAUAUUCUUAUAAGUACGAAAGUCUUACUUGCCACUGCCUAUACGUUCCUGAUAACAUAUCUACCUGUUGAAACAAGAAGUCAGUAUUUGUAGUAUAAGUAUUCAACGAGGUUGAAUAUUUUACAAACUUGUUGAGUGAUCAAAACAAAAAAAGGACUAAAGAAACCAUUGCAAAGAAGAUGGCCGGAAAGAUUUUAGUUCCGAUCAUCAUUACUUGUCUGAUACCUAACAUACAAUCCUUACCAAAAGAGCGACUUUGUGGCUGCCUGUUUUCUGAUCAGGAUGGAAUGAAAGCAGACUGUGAGAAUAGACAUGACAUUGAUUUCAAGUGUCUGUCUCGGCAGCCGAUUAACUCAUUGGAUCUAUCACACAAUGGAUUUCUGAAAUGGCCAGAGGAAUUGAUUUCACGUAUAUGGGAGAACAUUCUCUACCUGGAUCUCUCAUUCAACAACAUUUCAUACUUGUCUAGUUGCAUAUACAAUGCAAUGCCACUCUUGAUAAGUGUGAAUCUUACCUAUAACAGCAUCAAAAAAAUGUCCUGUGACGCAUGCGUUACACCUUUCAUCGAUUUGGAUCACAACAACCUGACGGAUUGGCAAACUUAUUGCAGUACUUGCAAUGCGAACCUCAUAAAACGAUUAAAUGAACAGUCGAAUUUGGCCGAACUGGAGUCCAGUGAUUGCAUUUUGAAUACUUCCGAUGAGCCGAAACCCUUGACGUCGCAGGACCAGAAGAAAACUGACCAAAAGUACAUAAAACUAAUUUUUUCGAUCGGUAUUAUAUUUCUUAUUCUAUUCGCUAUUGGCAACCUUAUGAUCAUGAAUAAUAAACUCAUGUAGUCUUAUGUAAAGUGUCGUGGAGAAUGUAGAAAUGAACAGUAAGCAAUGACACAAACCAUUCAAAAUUGUAAAAUCAGUUCAAUUUAUGACCCCAAAAUUCACAUAUAUGAAAACUAAUAUUGAUGUAAGCGAAAAAUGAUUGUGUACUGAAAUAAGAUUUCUCAUCAUUUGAUUUACAUCUACAGUAGAAGACAACCAUGUAUAACAUACAUUGAUUCUUUUCACACUACCCCA